GUGGCAACUGGCAACCAAUCUGGAAGAUGCUUCGGAUUAAAGAAAUGGAGGGCAAUAGUCAGUCAGGUUAGCUGCAGAGCAACAACAAAGCCUCCGCACCAGAAAGAAAAGCAGCAACAAGUAUCAGAAAGCAACCCCUUUCCUGCCCUUUAGUUAACCCAUCAACCACCGCCCAUUUCCUUCUUCUUCUUCUUCUUUUACUUCUUUCUCGUUUGAUUUCGGCUCAUUCAGCAGCAGCCACUCGCCGACGACAAUGCCAAGGCUUCCCCUUUUCCUCCUCCUCGCAUUCUUCCUUCUCUCCAUUCACCCAGCUCAAUGUGAUGAGGAGGAUAAGCUUCUUCAGGGCAUCAAUGACUACAGAAGGUCCCUGAAUCUCACCGCUCUAACAAAGAACGACAAUGCAGAUUGCCUUGCUGGGGAAAUAGCCGAUCAAUUUGAGGGUCAACCUUGCACCAACACCUCCGGGUCCAACACUGUGCCAGGAACCGAGCCUCAGCUCCCCAAUUACCCAAGGCUUCUGGACAAGUGCCAUCUGAAUGUUUCUAACACCAGGGAUGGCGCUGUAAUGCCUGCUUGUAUCCCCAACUUGGAUCCAACUCUCGUGCUUAGCAACUUCACCUUGAGUCAGUACUCCGAUAGUCUCAACGACACCAAGUAUACAGGAGUCGGCAUUGGCUCUGAAGGUAACUGGAUGGUUGUGGUUCUUACCACAAGCACUCCUGAGGGAAGCUUUGUCAAAGCUUCUUCUGACAAUGUGUCGGCUGGUUUGGUCACUGCUGCCAGUCUGGUUUCUCAAAUGCUGCUUCUGCUGGUGGCAUGUUUACUUUUGCUGUAAACGAGGUUUCCUUGCCAGGAUGUCCAUCUACUUACUAGUUACUACCUCAUCUUCUGAGGGCAAAUUUCUGUUCACAUAUAAAGUUCAACUGAGUUACACUGUUCCCUUUUUGGGGAAAUUGAGAUUUUCUAUUGUAGCUUGUUUGUGUAAUAGAAUCAUGAAGAAUGACAUUUUAGAUUGAACAUCUAUACAAUUUCU